GUAUUUUUUGACGCAAUAUAAAAUCACAAGUUGUGACUCGCAAAUCAAGCUAAGCCUUAUAUCUAUCAUAGAAAAAAAGAAAACAAGAGGCGUUGGUAUCACUAUUUCAUCAUCUCCAAAAUGGGUUGCAAAAGUACAACAAAUCUAUCACUCUUCUCUACCUUGAUUUUCCUAGUCCUUAUGUUUGGUCUUGUAACCUCAGAUAUUAACCAAGACAAAGCAGAAUGCACCAACAAACUCCUUACUUUGGCUGGUUGUCUUCCCUUUGUGACUAAUCAAGCCAAAUCUCCAACCAUAGAUUGUUGCACUGGUGUCAAAGAGGUUGUUGAUAAGAGUAAGAGAUGUUUAUGUAUCCUUAUCAAAGAUCAUGAUGACCCUAACCUUGGUUUAACUAUAAAUGUUACCCUUGCCCUUAAGUUACCAAAUGAUUGUAACUCACCUACCAAUAUAACUCAAUGUAUUGAUAUUUUGCAUUUGAAACCUAAAUCACAUGAGGCUAAGGUAUUUGAGGACUUCCAAAAAUCCUUGGAGAAAAAUACAUCCACCACAGUUCCUCCAGCUAGUGGUACCACUAGAAAUGGAACAAGCACAAGCACAAUUGCUCAAGACAAGAACGGUGGCGGUUGGGGAAAGAGGUGGCUCUUGGUAGAGGUGCUUUGUGGCAUUUUACCAUUUGUUUUAGUUUCCUACCUCUUCGUGGUUUGAACUAUGAUUAAGAGAUCAACAUUUAAUAAGAGAAUAUAUUAUUGCUAUAUAUCAGUGAAUUUUAUUUUUUUCUACAAGUUUUAGAACUUUAUAGAAGAUAAUGUAUUGUCCUCUUAAAAAAAAAUAUAUGUAUUGUCUGUUUCCUUUAAUUAGGGUCCAUCCUUCCUUUCCUUGUCUGUAUAAUUGAUUUUUCCAGCUAAUUGAUCCAUACAAGGGUCCCUUAGUUAGGCAUCAAGGUCGUAUGCUAUAAAUAUUUUCGUGAUGAUAAAUAGGGUCUCUUUUUCUUUAUACA